CCCGUGAACAAAGGGCUCAUCUGGGCUGUUCCUCCAAGUCGUUCAAGCUGUACUCCCCCAAGGAGCCCCCCAACGGUAGCACUUUUCCCCCUUUCCACCCCGGCACAAUGCUGGACAGAGACGUGGGUCCAACCCCAAUGUAUCCUCCCACAUACCUGGAACCAGGAAUAGGGAGGCACACACCAUAUGGCAACCAGACAGACUACAGAAUAUUUGAACUCAACAAACGGCUACAGAACUGGACAGAGGAGUGUGACAACCUGUGGUGGGAUGCAUUUACUACAGAGUUCUUUGAAGAUGAUGCCAUGUUGACCAUUACUUUCUGUCUGGAGGAUGGACCCAAACGCUACACAAUUGGCCGGACGUUGAUCCCAAGGUACUUUCGAAGUAUAUUCGAGGGCGGUGCCACUGAGCUCUACUAUGUGCUGAAACAUCCCAAGGAGUCCUUCCACAAUAACUUUGUCUCCCUUGACUGUGAUCAGUGCACCAUGGUCACCCAGAAUGGAAAGCCCAUGUUCACACAGGUGUGUGUAGAAGGGCGUUUGUACCUGGAGUUCAUGUUUGACGACAUGAUGAGGAUAAAGACAUGGCACUUCAGCAUCAGACAACACCGUGAACUCAUCCCCCGCAGUAUACUGGCCAUGCAUGCCCAGGACCCACAGAUGCUGGACCAGCUGUCCAAAAACAUAACAAGAUGUGGCCUGUCGAACUCUACCCUUAACUACCUCCGAGUGAGUGAGCUGUGUGUGAUUCUGGAGCCCAUGCAGGAGCUCAUGUCCAGACACAAGACAUACAGCCUCAGCCCCAGAGACUGCCUCAAGACCUGCCUCUUCCAGAAAUGGCAGAGAAUGGUAGCACCACCAGCUGAGCCAUCAAGACAGGCCCCAAACAAGCGGCGGAAGCGUAAGAUGUCAGGUGGCAGCACCAUCAGCGGAGGAGGAGGAACUAAUAAUAACAACAACAACAAAAAGAAGAGCCCUGGCAGUGGCUUCCCUCUGUCCAGCCAAGUUCCACGUCUGAUCACGCGGCUGGAGAACACACAGUUCGAUGCGGCCAAUGGCAUCGACGACGAGGACAGCUUCAACAACUCUCCGGCUCUGGGCUCCAACUCGCCCUGGAACAACAAGGCCCCUUCUAGCCAGGAGAGCAAGAGCGACAACCCCACCUCACAGGCAUCGCAGUAGAGCCCAGAGCCCAGAUCCCCGCGACCUCAACACACACACACACACACACACACACACACACACACAC